AUGCAAAUAAUUCUUCUUCUGUUCUUUACUCUGUCUCUAUCUACCUACCACUCCAAUGGCAAACUGAUCUUGGAGGGAUCUGCAUCUUUCGACACCAGCGGUUUCACCAUUUUAACGAACACUACGAAGCAUUCCUACGGUCAACUUUUCAGUACCGAACCUGUUUACUACAAGAACUCGUCUUUCCACUUCCACUUCCACUUCGGAAUCGUCCCUGAGCAUAAUCACUCAGGCUCACACGGUAUGACUUUCGUUCUUUCUCCUACAAUAGGCCUUCCCGGAGUUUCCUCCGAUCAGUACCUUGGAUUAUUCAAUGAGACAAACAACGGUAAAGCCUCGAAUCACGUAAUAGCUAUCGAGUUAGAUAUACAUAAAGACGAUGAGUUUGGAGAUAUUGAUGAUAAUCAUGUUGGGGUUAACAUCAAUGGCUUGAGGUCUGUUAUCUCUGCUCCUGCUGGUUACUAUGAUGAUAAAGAUGGAAGAUUUCACAAUCUUUCUUUAGUUAGCGGAAAGGUAAUGCGGCUUUCGGUUGUUUAUAGCCAACCGGAUAAACAGCUCGAUGUCACCCUAAGCCCUGCUGAGUUCACUGAUCCGCCAUUGAAACCGCUUUUCACUUUAAACCGAGAUCUCUCGCCGUAUCUUUUGAAGAAGAUGUAUUAUGGCUUCACGGCAUCGACCGGAUCAAUUGGAGCACUCCAUUAUAUGCUGACUACGAUGACUGGUCCGGAAGUCGACUAUCCGAUGUUUGAUGUAAGCGUAGUCCCCACGCUUCCUCCAUAUCCGAAGAAAGUGUCUGACAAAACAAGGACUAUUUUAGCGGUCUGCUUAACGUUGGCGGUGAUCGUUGCAUUUGUCACCUCCGGGUUUGGUUUCGUCUUCUAUCUGAGGCAUAAGAAGGUAAAAGAGGUUAUUGAGGAAUGGGAGAUUCAAUACGGACCUCAUAAGUUUGCUUACAAGGAGCUAUUCAAUGCCACAAAGGGUUUCAAGGAGAAACAAAUUCUUGGAAGUGGAGGUUUUGGUCAAGUCUAUAGAGGAACACUUUCGGGCUCUGAUGGAGAGAUCGCUGUGAAACGGACUUCUCAUGGUUCAAGUCAAGGAAAGAGGGAGUUUCUAGCCGAGAUAUCGACCAUUGGUCGUCUCAGACAUCCUAAUUUAGUCAGGCUUUUGGGAUAUUGUAGACAUAAAGAUGAUCUCUUCUUGGUUUAUGACUUCAUGCCCAAUGGAAGCUUAGACAAGUAUCUAAACCGUAGUGACACGGAUGAGAAUCAAGAAAGGCUUUCUUGGGAGCAACGUUUCAAGAUCAUCAGAGAUAUUGCAUCUGCUCUAUUGUACUUGCAUCAAGAAUGGGUACAAGUCAUCAUUCAUCGAGAUAUCAAACCGGCUAAUGUUUUACUCGACCAUGAAAUGAAUGCGAGGCUCGGGGAUUUCGGAUUGGCGAAGUUGUAUGAUCCGGGAUUUGAUCCUCAAACGACUAAAGUAGCAGGAACAUUCGGGUAUAUUGCACCUGAGUUUCUAAGAACAGGAAGAGCAACUACAAGCACUGAUGUUUACGCCUUUGGUUUGGUUAUGCUUGAAGUAGUUUGCGGUAGAAGAUUGAUUGAGCGACGUGAAGCGAAGAACGAAGACGUUCUUGUGGAUUGGAUCCUAGAGCUUUGGGAAGAAUGGAAAAUUUUCGAUGCGAGUGAGGAAAGUAUCCGUCAAGAACAAAACAGGGGAGAAAUUGAGCUUGUUUUGAAGCUAGGUGUGUUGUGUUCGCAUCAAGCUGAAUCGAUUAGACCGGAUAUGAGUGCGGUUAUGCGGAUCUUGAAUGGCGUUUUGCAGCUUCCGGAAAAUCUUCUUGAUGUGGUAAGGGCUGAGAGAUUGAGAGAGCGGCCUAAAAUAUCAAUGGAAGUGCUACUUGAUGUGAAUUCAACAAGUACAUUGUCGUUUACACAUUCUUUCGCCUCCCACGGACGAUGA